CUCUCUCUCUCUCCAGACAUAGCAGUAGUUGAUAUGAGUGACGUGUUCCGUCAGCCCUCGUUGUUUUACCAUCUGGGUGUCAGAGAGAGCUUCGACAUGGCCAACAAUGUCAUCCUGUACCAUGACACUGACCCCGACACCGCUCUGUCACUGAAGGUAUGCACACACACACAAACAAACACAGUGGAAUCUAAGCUGUGUAGAUACAGAAUCCAUAUUUCAAUUUCAUCAUCCUGUUGUUGCAGGAAGGCGAAGACUUCUAAAAUUUGUAUUUUCCACUUUAAAAUGUCAGACUUUAUUUGCCCUACCAAAAAAUGCAUCAACCCCUACAAAACAUUUCCAUGAAUUAUAAUUCACAUAGCAUUUCAUUGUUCAGAAGGAGAUUAUUUUCUUGCUGCUGAAACUGGCUCAAAUUAAGAUACGGCAUCUGUAGGGUGAGGGGGCGUUGGCUGUGAGGUCAUAGAUGGCAUUCCAUCCUCUGAACAACGGAGCGGACUGGGUUUAUUUACAGCCCAGUGUGUGUGUUUUUGUCUUGUGUGUCUGUGUCUGUGAGUGUGUGAGUGUGUGUGUGUGUCUGUUGGUCAUUGUUCAGCGUGCAUGCGUGCGUGUGUGUGCGUGUGUGUGCCCACAGUUGCAGUGGACUAGGUGUCAGGCAGCUAUUUCCACGGUGAUAAAAAGGAAUGUUGUUGUAACUGAAGUAAGGGGUGGGGGGGGGUACCCUUAAUGCCAAACAACACAACUCAACAGAUAGACUGCACACUACUACCACACACUCACUCUCUCAACUUCACAACACUCCUCAACUUUAUUCUUACAAGUAUUUCUCUCUUUUGUAGGACAUGGUGGCACAGAAAAACACUGUAAGUACCUGCAUGAGUCCUAAAAUACUUAUUUAUCUUUAGCCUCUGAACUUUCUCUCUAUCUCUGUGUUGUUGUGUUCACUCUGUGUGUGUGUGUGGAGAAGGCGUCUAGAACACAGACAAUAGGGUUCCCCUGGGUUCAACUCCCUCCAGAGUACAGAGGCUCUGGAUUACGCAACAAAGUAGGUACUGCUGCAAUGCAUGCUGGGAGUCCCCUCCGGCCUAUCACAGGCCUUUGCCACAGAGGGGGGCAGAGUCUCUAGCACCUUAACUCUAACCUUUGACCCUGCUCACCUUAACUCUAACCUUUGACCCUGCUCACCUUAACUCUAAGAUUUGACCAUGCUCACCUUAACCUCUGACCCUGCUCACCUUAACCUCUGACCCUGCUCACCUUAACUCUGACCUCUGACCUUGCUCACCAGAGUCUGUGUGUGUGUGUGAACUUACUCACCUUAUUAUGUGCCCCCUAUAAGUGUGUUGGGAUGAGAAGGCAUGAUGACCGUCAGUGUGUGUGUGUGUGUGUAGUGUUUACCAGAGAUAUUUAUCUCAUUCUAAAUACAUGGCUCCGGAGUAUUGUGUUGCACUCUAUGAGAGAGUAGUUUGUGUGGUUGGGACACAAAUACCUGCUUCCUGAUUUCAGUGGUGUUGGACUGACUUGUUGUGAACAUAUUCAGAGUUUUCCCUUUAUCGAGCUGAGCCUGUGUGUCUGUGUGUGUCUGUGUGUGUGUGUGUGUCUGUGUGUGUGUGUCUGUCAUAGACUGCAAGGCUCUCAGUAAAGCCCAAGAUUAUUUGUAUUUUUUUUAUUUUACCUUUAUUUAACCAGGUAAGCCAGUUGAGAACAAGUUCUCAUUUACAACUGCGACCUGGCCAAGAUAAAGCAAAGCAGUGCGAUAAAAACAACAACACAGAGUUACAUAUGGGGUAAAACAAAACAAAGUCAAAAAUACAACAUAAAUAAAUAUAUAUACAGUGUAUGCAAAUGUAGCAGGUUAUGGAGGUAAGGCAAUAAAUAGGCUAUAGUGCAAAAUAAUUACAAUUAGUAUUAACACUGGAAUGAUAGAUGUGCAAGAGAUGAUGUGCAAAUAGAGAUACUGGGGUACAAAUGAGCAAAAUAAAUACCAAUAUAGGGAUGAGGUAGUUGGGCGGGCUAAUUUCAGAUGGGCUGUGUACAGGUGCAGUGAUCGGUAAGGUGCUCUGACAACUGAUGCUUAAAGUUAGUGAGGGAGAUAUGUGUCUCCAGCUUCAGAGAUUUUUGCAAUUUGUUCCAGUCAUUGGCAGCAGAGAACUGGAAGGAAUGGCGGCCAAAGAGGUGUUGGCUUUGGGGAUGACCAGUGAGAUAUACCUGCUGGAGCGCAUACUACGGGUGGGUGUUGCUAUGGUGACCAAUGAGCUAAGAUAAGUCGGGGAUUUGCCUAGCAGUGAUUUAUAGAUGGCCUGGAGCCAGUGGGUUUGGCGACGAAUAUGUAGUGAGGACCAGCCAACAAGAGCGUACAGGUCACAGUGGUGGGUAGUAUAUGGGGCUUUGGAGACAAAACGGAUGGCACUGUGAUAGACUACAUCCAAUUUGCUGAGUAGAGUGUUGGAGGCUAUUUUGUAAAUGACAUCGCCGAAGUCAAGGAUCGGUAGGAUAGUCAGUUUUACGAGGGCAUGUUUGGCAGCAUGAGUGAAGGAGGCUUUGUUGCGAAAUAGGAAACCGAUUCUAGAUUUAACUUUGGAUUGGAGAUUCUUAAUGUGAGUCUGGAAGGAGAGUUUACAGUCUAACCAGACUCCUAGAUAUUUGUAGUUGUCCACAUACUCUAGGUCAGACCCGUCGAGAGUAGUGAUUCUAGUCGGGUGGGCGGGUGCAAGCAGCGUUCGGUUGAAGAGCCGAUUAAAUGUGUCAUUUGUGAACGAUCCCUAUAAAAAGCACAGGCUCUGACUCCCAUCCAAACAGCUACCAGACCCCCAAUACACACAUAGCAUCUGAACUUCACCCUUUAGGGUGACGAUGUGGCGGAGUGCGACCGUGUUACUGCCAUCACUGUGGAAUCAUGGGAUAUGACCUGCUUUCCAGAGUGCUAACAGCUGACGACCAAAUCAACCUCUCUUGAAAAACUGAUAUUCAUUUCAACAAGACUAACCUGGUUAAGUAAAGGUUAAGUAAAAAAAUAGACCUCCAAAUCUACUGACCCCCUUUCUUCCCCUUUCUAUCUCUCUAUCUUUCUAUCUCUCUAUCUCUCUAUCUCUCUAUCUUUCUAUCUCUCCCUAUGCUCCUCCUCUCUCUCUCUCUCUCUCUCUCUCUCUCUCUCUCUCUCUCUCUCUCUCUCUCUCUCUCUGUCUCCAGGCGUCCAGUGGUAACUACUACUUCAUCCCCUAUGUGCUGACUCCUAACCAUGAGUAUAUGUGUUGUGAGAGCGAUGCCCAGAGGAGGGCCAGUGAAUACAUGCAGCCCAGCUGGGACAGCCUGCUGAGUCCUCUCUGUCUGCCACUCACCGACCGCUUCACCUCACUGCUCAAGGACAUCCACGUCACCUCCUGGUAACACACACAGACAGACAUGCAAGCACACACACACACUAUUAAACACGACGGCUCUGGAAGGAAGUGCUUCUGACUCAAGUUGAACUGGAAAUGUAACAUAAGAACAAGAGUGCAAGUCCAAGAGAGAAUCCACGCUGGUCUCAGGGCUGGGGUAGAAUAGUCUCAGGGCUGGGGUAGAAGAGUCUCAGGGCUGGGGUAGAAGAGUCUCAGGGCUGGGGUAGAAUAGUCUCAGGGCUGGGGUAGAAGAGUCUCAGGGCUGGGGUAGAAGAGUCACAGGCCUGGGGUAGAAUAGUCUCAGGCCUGGGGUAGAAGAGUCUCAGGGCUGGGGUAGAAGAGUCACAGGGCUGGGGUAGAAGAGUCACAGGGCUGGGGUAGAAGAGUCUCAGGGCUGGGGUAGAAGAGUCUCAGGCCUGGGGUAGAAUAGUCUCAGGCCUGGGGUAGAAGAGUCUCAGGGCUGGGGUAGAAGAGUCACAGGGCUGGGGUAGAAGAGUCUCAGGGCUGGGGUAGAAGAGUCUCAGGCCUGGGGUAGAAUAGUCUCAGGCCUGGGGUAGAAGAGUCUCAGGGCUGGGGUAGAAGAGUCUCAGGCCUGGGGUAGAAGAGUCUCAGGCCUGGGGUAGAAGAGUCACAGGGCUGGGGUAGAAGAGUCUCAGGGCUGGGGUAGAAGAGUCUCAGGCCUGGGGUAGAAGAGUCUCAGGCCUGGGGUAGAAGAGUCACAGGGCUGGGGUAGAAGAGUCUCAGGGCUGGGGUAGAAGAGUCUCAGGCCUGGGGUAGAAUAGUCUCAGGCCUGGGGUAGAAGAGUCUCAGGGCUGGGGUAGAAGAGUCUCAGGCCUGGGGUAGAAGAGUCACAGGGCUGGGGUAGAAGAGUCUCAGGGCUGGGGUAGAAGAGUCUCAGGGCUGGGGUAGAAGAGUCUCAGGGCUGGGGUAGAAUAGUCUCAGGCCUGGGGUAGAAUAGUCUCAGGGCUGGGGUAGAAUAGUCUCAGGCCUGGGGUAGAAGAGUCUCAGGGCUGGGGUAGAAGAGUCUCAGGCCUGGGGUAGAAGAGUCACAGGGCUGGGGAGGACAGGAGCAGCACUGGAGGCAGGGCAGGAGAAGGGCCAGAGGUGGGUGGGGCAACAUCCGACUGGUAGCAGGAGUGGGAGCGUUACAGAAAUCAAGUCUCUCUCCCCUUCUUUCUCUCGCUCCCUCUCUCUCUCUCUCUCUCUCUCUCUCUCUCUCUCUCUCUCUCUCUCUCUCUCUCUCUCUCUCUCUCUCUCUCUCUCUCUCUCCCCCCUCUCUCUUUGUAGUGCCUCGUUUAAGGACACUCUGCUGAAUGACAUCAGGAAAGCCCGUGAUAAGUACCAGGGGGAGGAGCUAGCCAAGGAGCUGUCUCGUAUCAAACUGCGCAUCGACAACACAGAGGUCCUAACACAGGACAUCGUCAUGAACCUGCUGUUCUCAUACAGAGACAUACAGGACUAUGAUGCCAUGGUGAAACUGGUCCAGACUCUGGAGAUGCUGCCUACCUGUGACCUGGCCACACAGCCCAUGAUACAGUUCCACUACGCUUUCGCUCUCAACAGGUAACACACACGCAAGCACGCACACACACACACACACACACACACACACAUGCACACACGAGCGCACGCACAGACACACACACGCACACCUUGCAGUGUCUGGACCUCCCUGUAGAUAAGUAGGUCUGUAAUAUUGUGUAUGGCUGCUCCAGAAUGUUUCAUGAUUAACGUCAUUAUUAUCAUUAUUGUCAUUUUUUACAAACACGCACACACACACGGCUGGGGAGCCUGAAAGGGGAACCAAAGCAAUAGGUUCUAGACCGCCUAAUAACUGUAACUGUAAAUCAGCAAGCGUUUGUUGUUCAUAUUAAUACAUCACUGACUGGACAGAAACAAUUUGGAAUAUUGCUUUAUAAUGGCCUGUAAUGCUCGUUGCUCAAGUGGUUUGCAGGUCAUUUCAUAUUUUGGGGAUCUUGUUUUUCACAGUAGGCCUACUGAUCUCUGCCUGUCUGGUGUGUCCUGUCAGCGCAACAAUAUGUCAAUUCAUCCUCACCAGCAAAUGUGAUCACAGCAUUGUGCUCUCUCUCCUUUCAAACAUUUUGGCCUAGCUGUAUUUUACAUUCAGCAAGCAAGAGCUAGUUUGCUUCUGUCCUCGAACUGUAAAAAAAUAAGCAACCAACAAGUUCUAGCCUAGUUUUUCCUGGAACUCAACAAGAGUUUAGGAAUAGCUGAAAGGCCAGCGGAGAGGCAAGCGGAGGUGCAUUAUUGCACAGGAGAACAGUGAAGGUAGAUAGGCUAAAGAAGCUCACUAGAUAUGGAGCCCGCCAUUCACAGGCAAGAGCUAAUUAAAGGCCUAUGUCUACAUAGCCUACAGUAGCUAUAGCCUACAGCAAUAAUAAAAGUGACUAUUGUUUACUUUGAAGUUUAACAAGGCUUAGCUAUGUUGCACAAUGGACAUCAAGGCUUCAAUGCAAAUACAUAUUUAGCUUCAUAUUGGGACGUGAGAGCUGCUCGUUACCAUGGACAUUUUAAUGGUGGUGCCCAGUCCCAAAUUAGCAUUCAAAAGGGUUCAAAAAUCUAAAUGUUCAAAGUGGAAAAUGUUUAUAUGACAAACACCCAGAUCAUAUAUGUGGGGUUUGUAUAGAUUGUUUUAUUUGACUUAGCUUGUAAAAUGUUUCCAUUCCCCUUGAAGAUUGGAUUAGUAAACAGGGGUGGUCCUCGUGGGCUGCAGUGUGUGCUAACUUUCUUGUUUUUAACCAUAGACUGAACUCUUGUGUGUAUAGGAGGAACAGCCCGGGGGACAGAGAGCAGGCUCUUGGUGUGAUGUUACAGGUGUUACAGUCAUGUGACCACCCAGCUCCAGACAUGUUCUGUCUGUGUGGAAGGAUCUACAAAGACAUCUUCCUCGACUCUGACUGUAAAGACACCAAGAACAGGGACAACGCCAUCCAGUGGUGAGACACACACACACAACGCACCCACAAGUUUACCAGGACUGAAGCCCAGGGGCCCGAGCGAGCAGACAGAAGGGAGUAGGCUAUAAAUUGUCAAAAGAAAAUUCCUCUUUCUCUCCCCCCUUUGUCUUUCUCUCUCUAGGUACAGGAAAGGUUUUGAGCUCCAGCCAACUCUCUACUCUGGUAUCAAUCUGGCUAUUCUGCUCAUUGUUGCUGGACAACAGUUUGAGAGUUCCAUCGAGCUGAGGAAGAUAGGUAAGAACUCUACAGUACACCCUUAAAUUCUGCACCUUCCCUACACCAUUGGGGUUCUCCAGGGAUCAAUACUCACUUCCCUGUUGUUUAGUCUCUCUCUCUCUCUCCAUCUCUCUUUGUUUCUUUCGCUCUCUCUCUCUCUCGCUCCCUCUCUCUCUCACUCUCUCUCUCUCUCGCUCUCUCAAUUCAAUUCAAUUCAAGGGGCUUUAUUGGGAAACAUAUGUUUACAUUGCCAAAGCAAGUGAAAUAGAUAAUAAAAACUCACUCUUGCUCUCUCUUCUUCUAACCUCUCGCUCUCUCCCCCUCCCAGGUGUAAGGUUAAACAGUCUCCUGGGUCGUAAGGGCUCGUUAGAGAAGAUGAAUAACUACUGGGAUGUUGGUCAGUUCUUUACCGUUAGCAUGUUGGCAAAUGACAUCCCUAAAGCUACGCAGGCCGCAGAGAAACUCUUCAAACUCAAACCUCCCAUCUGGUAAACACAUACACACACUCCGUCCCUCUACCUCUCUUUCUCUCCCUCUUUGUUUUCCUCCCUCCCUCUCCAUCCUUCUAUUUAUUUUACUGCUGAAAAAGGACAGCGAGUGGAGAGCCAUCCUCUACAAGGUGUGGGUGUGUGUUAGUUGUGUGUUCAUAGUAAAAUAGUUUUAAAAAAGAAGGUCAAUUUAUUCAAUUCAUUAACAUCUCUCUCUAUUCAUUAACAUCUCUCUCUCUCUCUCUCUCUCUCUCUCUCUCUCUCUCUCUCCUAGGUACUUGCGGUCUGUGGUUCAGAACCUGCAGUUGAUCCAGAGAUUUAAGAAGACAACAGUAGAACACUCUCCCCAGAGAGAGAGGCUCAACUUCUGGAUGGACAUCAUUGUAGAGGCCACUAGAGGAAAAAGCAACGGACUGCGCUUUCCGGUACACACACACAAACACACAUGUGCACGCACGCAUGCACACACACACACACACACACACAUACACAUACUCAUACACACACCUUGUCUCUCACUGUGUGUGUGUAGGUGUUGAUCCUAGAGCCUACUAAGGUCUACCAGCCCUCAUAUGUUUCCAUCAACAGCGAGGCGGAGGAGAAGAACGUGUCCAUCUGGCACGUCUCCCCUGCUGAAACGGUCAGAACUCCUCUCCUCCUACUCUCUCCAUCUCCUCCUCUCCUGAUCCUCCUCUACCCUCCUGCUCUAUCCUGUGUGUUAACCGACCUCGACCUCUGACCUCUCUGUCCAUCUCUAGAAAGGGAUCCAUGAGUGGAACUUCACUGCAACAUCCAUCAAAGGCAUCAGGUAUGUGUGUUUAUGGUUUUCAUGUUCUUGCUCAUGUUAACAUUAGUGUUUGUAUGUGGCAUGCUUUAAAAACAACCCUCCCCUUCCUGUCUCCCCAUUCCUCUCUCCUCAGUAUCUCUAAGUUUGACGAGCGCUGUUGUUUCCUGUAUGUUCACGACAACUCAGACGACUUCCAGAUCUACUUCUCUACUGAAGAUCAGUGUGGCCGGUCAGAAUCACACUCCAGUCCCAUUCUCUCUGACAGACAUCAUACAUUCAGCUCAGGCACGUCUUGUUUCUAAGUCUGUUGUGUUGACACUGUCUCUGGUCUGUGUGUAGGUUCUGUUCCAUGGUGAAGGAGAUGAUUUCUGAUGGAACAGGAAAUGCAGUGGAGCUGGAGGGAGACGGAGACGGAGAUACACUGGAGGUCAGUGUUUGUUAUAUCCGGCAUUUAUGUGUGUGUGUGUGUGUGUGUGUGGAAUAUGUGUUCCACAAGGAUCUGUGUUUACCUCACUCUAUGGUUCAGUACGAGUGCGUGCAUAUAAAUAGGUGUGUGUGUUUUUGUGUGUGUGUUUGCGCACGUGUGUGUGUUUGCGCACGUGUGUGAGUGCGUGUGUGUUGCAGUAUGAGUAUGACAUUAACGAGAAGGCGGACCGUGUGGUACUGGGCCGGGGGACCUAUGGAGUGGUGUACGCUGGGAGAGACAUGAGCAACCAGGUCCGCAUCGCCAUUAAAGAGAUACCAGAGAGAGACAGCAGGUCAGUGGGUGUGUGCAGUCAGGUCACCCAUGAUACAAGUCAGUAUUCGACGUCCAUCCAUGUCUGAGGACGUCGGGAGAUGACGUAGAAACCGGCCACUAGAGGCAACAGUGAGCGCUGUUACCCUCAAGUUGUUUUCGGUUUUGCUAGGGUGUUGUGGACGGGGAUAGGAGAUGGGUGUAAGCAUCUGCCUCUGACUACAAAGGUUGUAAGUUCCAAUCCAGCACUAUCCCAAACCUUAACCCUUACCUUAACCAUUCACAGUUAAUGGCUAACCUUAAGAUUUCAGACUUAAUGCCUAAACUUAACCAUAAACAAUUUGAUGUUUGCAACAACUUCCACAUUUGACGUUUGAGAAACAUGGAUGAAGAUCUAAUUCUGACGUGAGACUGUGAGAGCUAGUUGGUGUGUGUGUGUGCGUCUGUGUGUGUGUACAUGUAUGUAACCCUCUCCUCUGUGUGUGUUAGGUACUCCCAACCCCUUCAUGAGGAGAUAGCGCUCCAUAAGUACCUGAAGCACAGGAACAUUGUUCAGUACCUGGGCUCAGUCUCAGAGGACGGAUACAUCAAGAUCUUCAUGGAGCAAGUCCCUGGAGGUGUGUGUAUGUGUGUGUGUGUGUGACCUAACCUGUAUGUGCAGGCAGAUUUUAAGUGUGUAUGUGUGUGUAACAGGCAGUCUGUCAGCGUUGCUGCGGUCAAAGUGGGGUCCAUUGAAGGAGGCAACCAUCAUCUUCUACACACGACAGAUCCUGGAGGGACUCCGCUAUCUCCACGAGAACCAGAUAGUACACCGUGACAUCAAGGUAACCUUAGCAACACAUCACCACAUCAAGGUACACCCAGACCAAGGUACUGUAUCUCCAUCAUAGCCUCAGUUAGAAUAUACAGCACAACUUCUGUAAACAAUACAUGAUUCUCUCUCUCUCUCUCUCUCUCUCUCUCUCUCUCUCUCUCUCUCUCUCUCUCUCUCUCUCUCUCUCUCUCUCUCUCUCCCUCUCUCUCUCAGGGGGAUAAUGUAUUAGUUAAUACCUACAGUGGAGUUCUGAAGAUAUCAGACUUCGGGACGUCUAAAAGGCUUGCGGGGGUCAACCCCUGCACCGAGACCUUCACUGGUAUGACUCACACACACAAUAUUGUUUUCUGUGGCAACUCCUCUGCAAACUGGUAUAUUUUCUGAACUGUUGUUGAAUAUUUCUUACAAAUAAACUGUUUCUUUUAAACUGCAAAUAUCUUAAAAGUUAUCAGUUGAAAUAACUUGAAAGUAUCUAACAUCCAACAUUCAGUCCACGGCCGUCUAGUCUUACCUGGAUCUCAAAAUGUCAAAUGACCCUCGAAAUGUCAAGAGCCACUAUCAGCCUCUAUAGAAACACACUCGUACACACAUCGACAGCUGGCUGCUCCUCACUCGCUCGAUCUCACAUUCCCGCGAACAAACAACACACACACAUCCAAGUUUUAGUUUGGAGAUAGUUGUUGCCAUGACGCGUCGCUAUGGGGAGUGGAAGAAAUCUCUCAGGAUACAGAUUAUCUGUCCUAGACACACGCACGCACACACACGCACGCACACACACGCAUGCACACACACACAGAGAGAGAUGUUUGUUAAUUAGCCAGAGGGGGUUAGGGACCACGAGUGUGUUUCUCUUUCAUUGUCUUUAUCUAUCCCUAAUUAUUUGUCCUUUACUUCCCUCUUUCUCUCUCACCCUUCCUGACCAACCUCUCUCCCUCUUUUUCUCUCACCCUUCCUGACCAACACCUCUCUCCCUCUUUUUCUCUCACCCUUCCUGACCAACACUUCCUGACCAACACAUCUCUCCCUCUUUCUCUCACCCUUCCUGACCAACACAUCUCUCCCUCUUUCUCUCUCACUCUUCCUGACCAACACCUCUCUCCCUCUUUCUCUCUCACCCUUCCUGACCAACACCUCUCUCCCUCUUUCUCUCUCACCCUUCCUGACCAACACCUCUCUCCCUCUUUUUCUCUCACCCUUCCUGACCAACACAUCUCUCCCUCUUUCUCUCUCACCCUUCCUGACCAACACCUCUCUCCCUCUUUUUCUCUCACCCUUCAUGAUCAACACCUCUCUCCCUCUUUCUCUCUCACCCUUUCUGAUCAACACCUCUCUCCCUCUUUCUCUCUCACCCUUCCUGACCAACACCUCUCUCCCUCUUUUCUCUCACCCUUCCUGAUCAACACAUCUCUCCCUCGUUCUCUCUCACCCUUCCUGACCAACACCUCUCUCCCUCUAUCUCUCUCUCUCUCUCUCUCUCCCUCUUUCACUCUCACCCUUCCUGAUCAACACCUCUCUCCCUCUUUCUCUCACACCCUUCCUGACCAACACCUCUCUCUCUCUCUCUCUCUCUCUCUCUCUCUCACCCUUCCUGACCAACACCUCCCCCCCCCUCUCUCUCUCUCUCUCUCUCUCUCUCUCUCUCUCGCUCUCUCUCUCUCUCUCUCACCCUUCCUGACCAACACCUCUCUCCCUCUUCUCUCUCACCCUUCCUGACCAACACCUCUUUCCCUCUCUCUCUCUCACCCUUCCUGAUCAACACAUCUCUCCCUCUCUCUCUCACCCUUCCUGACCAACACCUCUCUCUCUCUCUCUCUCGCUCUCUCACCCUUCCUGACCAACACCUCUCUCCCUCUCUCUCCCUACACAUGAGUUUGUUAUCAACAUGAAAUGUUGCUAUGAAUGUGUUUGUGUGUUGUGUCCUAUCUAGGUACCCUGCAGUACAUGGCUCCAGAGAUCAUAGACAAGGGUCCUCGGGGUUACGGGGCUCCAGCUGACAUCUGGUCGUUGGGCUGCACCAUCAUAGAGAUGGCCACUGGGAAACCCCCCUUCCACGAGCUGGGAGAGCCUCAGGCUGCCAUGUUUAAGGUGCGUGUGUGGGUGUGUGUUUGUGUGUGUGUAUGUGUGUGUGUGUGUGUGUUCGUUUUGAUGUGCUCCAAGACUCAUUAUGUGACUGGUUCAAACCUGUGUCUCCUGCAUGUUAUAAGACUUUGUUAGCCAGCUGAGCUAAAGCCUGAAGUGAAGGCAUCAAGUGAGCGUGAUUCAUCAAACCACCUGUUACACUUUACAUUCAGCUCAGUGUUUGUUUGCGUGUGUGUGUGUAUGCGUGUGUGUGUGCGUGUGUAGGUGGGGAUGUUUAAGAUCCACCCAGAGAUCCCAGAGUCGUUGUCGUUGGAGGCCAAGUCAUUUAUCCUGCGUUGUUUUGAGCCUGACCCCAAUAAGAGGGCUACAGCCACAGACCUGCUCAAAGAUAUCUUCGUACGACACAAUGUCAAGGGAAAGAAGAGCAAGAUCGCCUUCAAGCCAUCAGGUAGGGCUGUUCAGCAUUGUGUGUGUCUGUGGUGUGUGUGUGUGUGUGUGUGUGUGUGUGUGUGUGUGUGUGUGUGUGUGUGUGUGUGUGUGUGUGUGUGUGUGUGUGUGUGUGUGUGUGUGUGUGUGUGUGUGUGUGUGUGUGUGUGUGUGUGUGUGUGUGUGUGUGUGUCUGGGGUGUGUGUGUGUCUGUGGGGUGUGUGUGUGUGUGUGUUUGCUAAUAAAUUAAUGGGUGAUUUAACCGUUUAAUCCACUCAGAUUGUUUUCAUGACGUCACUGAAAUGCUGCACCUCAUACAAAUCAUAACACACACACACAUACAUACAUACACACAGACACACACACACACACACACACACACACUGGCAGACAUAUGGUGAUGUGAUGGAGGUUGUGUUAACGGUUAACUGUCUCUUUCUCUCCUGUCUACUCCUGGGAUCUUUUUGCCAGUGUGGCAAGGUUUGUUCCCUGUUAACAUUGUGGCUGUUUCUAUAUAUACUGAACAAAAAUAUAAAUGCAACAUGUAAAGUGUUGGUCCCAUGUUUCAUAAGCUGAAAUAAAAGAUCCCAGAGAUUUUCCAUACGCACAAAAAGCUUAUUUAUCUCACAUUUUUGCACACAUUUCUUUACAUCCCUGUCAGUGAGCAUUUCUCUUUUGCUAAGAUAAUCCAUCCACGUGACAGGUGUGGCAUAUCAAGAAGCUGAUUAAACAGCAUUAUCAUUGCACAGGUGAAAAUAAAAGGCCACUCUAAAUGUGCAGUUUUGUAACACAACACAAUGCUACAGAUGUCUCAAGUUUUGAGGGAGUGUGCAAUUGGCAUGCUGAUUGCAGGUAUGUCCACCAGAGCUGUUGCCAGAUAAUUGAAUCUUCAUUUCUCUACCAUAAGCCGCCUCCAAUGCCGUUUUAGAGAAUUUGGCAAUACAUCCAACUGGCCUCACAACCGCAGACCACGUGUAACCACGCCUGCCCAGGACCUCCACAUCCGGCUUCUUCACAUGCGGGAUCGUCUGAGACCAGCCAGUCGGACAGCUGAUGAAACUGUGGGUUUGCACGACAAAAUAAUUUCUACAAAAACUGUCAGAAACCGUCUCAGGGAAGCUCAUCUGCGUGCUCGUUGUCCUCACCAGGGUCUUGACCUGACUGCAGUUCGGCUUCGUAACUGACUUCAAUGGGCAAAUUCUCACCUUCGAUGGCCACUGGAAUGCUGAAGAAGUGUGCUCUUCACGGAUUAAUCCUGGCUUCAACUGUACCGAGCAGAUGUCAUACAGGUGUAUGGCGUUGUGUGGGCAAGCGGUUUGCUGAUGUCAACGUUGUGAACAGAGUGUCCCAUGGUGGUGGUGGGGUUAUGGUAUGGGCAGGCAUACGCUACGGACAACAAACACAAUUGCCUUUUAAUGAUGGCAAUUUGAAUGCACAGAGAUACCGUGAUGAGGUCCUGAGGCCCAUUGUCGCACCAUUCAUCCGCUGCCAUCACCACAUUUUUCAUCAAGAUAAUAUACGAUCCCAUGUCGCAAGGAUCUGUCCAGCUCUUCCAUUGCCUGCAUACUCACCAGACAUGUCACCCAUUGAGCAUGUUUGGGAUGCUCUGGAUCGACAUGUACGAACGACAGCGUGUUCCAGUUCCCACCAAUAUCCAGCAACAUUGCACAGCCAUUGAAGAGGAGUGGGACAACAUUCCACAGGCCACAAUCAACAGCCUGAUCAACUCUAUGCGAAGAAGAUGUGUCGCGCUGCAUGAGGCAAAUGGUGGUCACACCAGAUACUGACUGGUUUUCUGAUCCACACCACUACCUUUGUAUUUUAAGUAUCUGUGACCAAAAGAUGCAUAUCUGUAUUCCCAGUCAUGUAAAAUCCAUAGAUUAGGGCCUAAUGAAUUCAUUUAAAUUGACUGUUUCCUUAUAUGAACUGUAAAAUCUUUGACAUUGUUGCAUGUUGCAUUUAUAUUUUUGUUCAGUGUGUGUGUAUAGCAUGUUUGACUAUAUGUCUGUGGUGAUGUCUACAUGUAUCUGUGAGUGUUUGUUAUCAGCGUAUUAUUCUAUCUGUUUCUGCUAAAGCAGGGUCCCGUCAGCACAUUUUUGUUACAGCCCAACAAUAUCACACCUGAGUAGUUAAACCCGGUGUGAUAGUGUUGGUAUGGUAUACAAAUUUGUCGGCUUGGAAAGACUUGAAAAUACCUGCUAUUAUGUCCUUAUCGUUGCCAAGCAGUCUGAUAUAUGUCUCUAUCUCAACUGUUGACAUGGGAAUAUGCCCUGAGUCAGUAAGGCUAAAUAGCUAAAGCUAGCUGAUAGCUAAACAAUAUAAGUAGCUAGUUAACUAAAAAAGCUAGCCAACCAGUUCUCUUGAUUAAGGGGGUUCUCUUACACUAUGGGUGUGUGUGUUUGUGUGUAUUGGCCAGACUACAUCCGUAGUGUGUCGCUGCCGGUGCAGUUACAGUGUGAGGCCACCGGGAGCAGCAGCAGCGAGCCUGGCUCAGUGAGUCCAGACUGCGACUCCAAACAGGACGUCUUCUUUCAGAAGAACAAACGAUCAGGGUCAGAAAACCUGCUCAAACCACCUAGCAACAACUACCUAAGGUACACA